UGGAUUCUGGCUUUGAAACAGGGACAAGGAGCUUGUCAUUUCCUUCAAUGGGAGGAUACUCAAGAAAUUACCACAAUUAAUGAUCUUGUAGAUGAAAGCAAACAUGGCAUAUCUGUAGAUUCUACUUCAACAAGCCAUGAGUUAGUCACUAAAAUGGGUGAUUUGAGUACUAAUAAUUGAAAGAGGAAGUUUGAUUCACUAGAGAUGGAAAAUCCUCAACAUCUCCCAACUUCUGUGGCUGUACAUGAACAUUUUGAGAAAGAUCAAGAGCCUGUCAUAGAGAGGAGUGAACAUGAUGAGACUUCAGAGAAUUUAACAUCUACAAAGUAUAUUGAUCCAUCACGAGUUGAGGACUCUUCAAAUCUCCAAGACCUAGCUGUGCUGGAGGUUGAGUUGACUGUGAUGGAAACUUUGUUGGAGAUGCUAAAGAAUAAUGGAAACACUCCUGAUGUCUUUACUGUGAUGCAAGUUAUGAGGUGCUAUCUACAUUCUGGGGACAUCGAUCGUGGCCUUAAAACUUUUGAAGACUACGUGAGUUCAGGGAAGCCGCCUAUAGUGGAACUAUAUGUGGAACGUGAAAUACCUGAAGAUGAUCCACGACUGUUGCUGGUUUCUAAGACUUACGACAACCUUCGCCAAAGAUCUGGACCAGGACCUCGACGACCUUAGUUGGAUGAUAACAAAAGAUUCCUUGGAGAGUCUUUGGCAUGGAUUUUUUGGUUAUAUUAGUCAUGUUUUGAUGCAAGAGAUACAACUACAAGGAUUUGUGCAGGCCUAAUCCUCUGUUGUAUCAAAGAUCAUGUAGAAUUUAUAAUGGUCUCUGUAUUGUUCUUAGCUUCAUACACAGUUUUAAUCAAGUUUUAGAAUGAGAAACAUGAGGAAUAAGGACAUUGUAGUAUUUUGAUAUUUCUUCAAGUAAAGCAUCAAUGUGUUGGCUGCUUCUUA